GUCAUCGACAGGACUACAUGGAGCUGUGGACGGUGAACUGACAACAGCAAUGCGGACGAAGAGGCGCAGAAACAAGGGGGACUAGUCCGGCUUUCUCUAUCGUCUCGGUAGUCCUGGGCUUCCUUUGGCUGUGAAGCAUAACUAAGCGGAUAUUUCGUCUUCGGCACGACGUAGAAGAGGACGUUUAGUUGGCUUGGAAGCGAAACCGGGGCGGAUAUUUCCCGAGGAAAACCUGAAACCACAUCCGUAUUCCCAGCCCUGCGGUCGUGUGGAAUACUGAACUGAAAGAAUGGUUGCCUGAGUAUUUUUUUAUAGCCUUGUAUACAUUUUUGCCAGCAUCGCUUGCUAUAUAUUUUUUACUACGGUGCCGCUAUGGUGGACUCGCCUACUAAGAGGAAGACUUUUGUGGUCCCAGACAUAAAGCCAUUGGAUUUGUAUGACUGCAGUAAAUCAAAAAUAUGCGCAAGUGUAGGAUGGCUGUUAGCGAAGUCCUACGGGAGUUCAGAAAAUGUCCCUGCAGAGCUGCGCGACCCCUUCUACUGUGACCAGUAUGAACAGGAGCAUCUCAAACCUCCAGUCACACGUCUGCUGCAGUCCUCAGAGUUGUACUGUCGCACCUACAGCAUUAUUAUUGGGAGUACUGGAUCCGAGGCACAGCCCAAAGACAACGUUGCCCUGCUGCAGCAGCUCACUCAGAGAGGAGUAGUCGCCAAAGAUCAGGGAGCCCCAGUGUCUGAGGCAGACCUGCGACAUAAGCCCAUCAAAAUGAGUGCCCAUCUGGCAGUGAUGGAUGCCUUGAUGGCGGUGGGAGCCGAAGAGACUGUGACUGCGGUGAAGACGCACGGCUCUGCUGAGUUGGUGGAUGGAGCUGCCAGUUGGAAGGAUGCUCUGCUUCAGUGGGUUAAUGUGUUAAACCAGAAGCUGCGAGAACGUACUGAAGGAGGCCAAAAUGACUUUUCUCAGGCAGCAUCAGACCCUCAACCUGUUGAGCCCUCAUGUCCUACACGCUGGUAUUGGAAACUUGUUCCUCUCCGCUACAGGAAGGAUAAAAUUCAGUCCAAAGUGAAGCCGAUCUUUCCAGACGUGAAUGAAGUUAAAGACCUCUCCAGUGGCUGUGCUGUUGCUGCUGUCAUACACUACUAUUGCCCUGGGCUACUUAGGCUUGAAGAUGUUUGUAUGAAGGACUCCAUGUCAGUAGCAGACAGCCUGUACAACCUGCAGGUCAUCCGUGAGUUCUGCGACAGCUGUUUGAAGGGCUGCUGUCACUUGGCACUUGAGGACAUGCUCUACACACCACAGGAGCUUCAGCUCAAUUUUCUGAGCUUCCUGUCAGAGCUGCUUUACUGGUUAGAAGUUCAAAGGCCAGAAUUUGUUCAGCCAAUAGACUCUUUAGAUGGAUCCACACCAGGGACACCAUGUAGCAUCAGUGGUAACAGUACUUCUCCAUCCAUCUUCAAGAAGCCUUUUCUCCCCAUUUCCUCUUCUGCAUCAGGACCUUUGACUCAGUCUACCUCAAUGUCUCAUAUAGAAGGAGUUGGAAAGACAUGGAGCAGAAAACCUCUCAGCCGGCCCUUGUCAGCGGUAUCCUUCAGCAUUCCUUUUGGCCUCGACAGCGAUGUAGAUAUAGUCAUGGGUAACCCUGUGAUAACUCGCUCUAAGAGCUCAGAUCAACUCAACCCUGCAGGACAAAACAUUAAUCAGCCCUACACUCCCGCUGAAGACAUAAGCCAUUUGGUUGGUAAACCUCCUGGACCGAACGGUCCACAGAGGGCAUCAUGGGCCACACAGACUCCCGUUAUUCCAAGGCUGGCCGAGGAGAAUGGGCUGGAGACGAAUGAUGCUGGUGAGCUGCCUACCAUUGAGGAGGCUCUUCAAAUAAUUCACAAUGAAGGCAAGAUGGAACCUCGACUACACCCUGACGGUGCUCCUGAUGGCUUCUACCUCCACUCACCUGACGAUCCUGCUAGUUCUAGAUACGAUAGCAACAUGGCACCCAUUAGCUGCUCGGCCCCUACACGCUCAGGAAUGAUGUACCAGCCUAAAGAGUCCAGGGAGCCAACUCAAAGCAGAAACUCCUCACGGCGUUCACGGGAUGAUGACUCCGUCUUGAGGGAUGGCAGUAUAGAUUCAGAUGCCUUAGAAGACCUGCCAAAGGCCCAUUCAACUCCAAACACACCAGCUGCCCAUGCAAACUCCGCCUUUGGCUAUAAUAAAGAGGCACCCGACAGCGGAGUGAAGAUGACCAGCUUUGCAGAACGCAAAAAGAGACAGAACAUGGAUUCUCCUAAAGCUAGCGACCCAUCUUCUCAGAUGACCACAUGGGCCCAAAAGUCUGAAGAAAGCCCGAGCAAGAGCCCGCAGCUAACUAACGAGAUGUCUGAACUAGGAGCUCGGCUUGAAGAAAAGCGAAGAGCCAUUGAAGCUCAGAAAAAACGCAUUGAGGCCAUUUUUGCAAAGCAUCGCCAAAGCCUGGGCAAGAGUGCCUUUCUACAGUUAAAAAAAGAGCAAAAUGAGGCUGAAUGUGGGGACAAAGGAGAAAAUGGUCAAAUUAGCGCCUCAUCUACAGAGGAGGAUUUCUCACAUUUGACUUUGGAGGAAAGGCUUGCUCGAAUGGAGGAGGAGGAAGAGAAGGAACAUGAUCGACAGCGCCCCUCUGUGGAGGAUGACACAAGUGUUGGAGGAGGACCUGUGCUCGACAAAGAGGCCAGUCACUUUAAAGAAAAGGCACGUAUUCCAGGAGAGAAGACCUCUGGGACACCUGGUGAUAAAACGGUUGCUCCUUUAGGGGAUUAUAACAACGCCGUGUCCAAGUUAACUGCAGCACUGUCCUCCCUGCAAACUGACAUGCAGCGGUUGAGCGAGCAGCAGGAUCAAUUCAUCAAGAAGAAACCUGCGGCAUCCACAAACAAAUCCUGGGUUAUUCCCGCCCACCCUAAACCUUCCAGCCCAGCUGCUCCUCCUCCACGCCUCUCACGAGAAUCUACCCGAAGUUUAAACUCCUCGUCUCCGUCACCGUCCCGCAAGAUGACGAACCACACCGCUCCUCCGAAAUCUCCCCGCGUUCAGCGGAGAGCUCAGUCUGUACCCCCUAAAAGUCCUAAACACAGUCGCCAAAUGGACACAAAGUUCCCAAACUCAAGGGUUCUCACCCCACCUCAGAACGUGGACCGCAUCCCCCAUCUUCGUCGAGUGAACCCUUGGCAGUCCCAAGUUCAGACUUCAUCCUCCUUCUGCAUAGGUGACACUGAUAGCCUGGAUGAUCUGCGCUCAUUUGGGCCUACUCCUGUCCCCACACCUUCACUGACUCCUAUAUCAACUCCUCCUCCUCACCCUGCAGCCGACGAAGCCCUGUCAGAAGUAGGUUCCAAUGAUGGACAGAGUAUUUUUAGCAUGGACAUGGAGGCAGGGCGUUCACAUAGUCCUCUGAUAAAGAAGGAAGGCCUUGCUAGUGCAGGCUGCAGCUCCGGUGCCCCUUCAGAGUGCUCCUUUGAGAGUGAAGCCCCUGCUGGAAUGGCAAAUGGCAAACGCAGCAGUUUAAUAGAGAUCCCCCUCUCUGCCCUGCGACCAGAGGAGGAGGAGGAUGAUCAAGUGCCUGACGCAUUAUCAGAUUCAAUGAGUGACCGAACGGAGCCAGAAUCAAAGACAGGAGUUGGUUUCUUUUUUAAGGAUGAUAAGGAUCGACCAGAGGAUGACAUGGCCCUGCGAAAAGCAGCUUUGCUCGAGAAGCAACAGAGGAGAACAGAAGAGAUGAAGAGACGCAAACUUGAGCAGGAGAAGGAAAAAGAAUCAAACAAGCCCCAGUGGAUGAUCAUCGAAGGCUGGGGAAACAAGAACGAAGAAGGACCCCAGACUCCUGCCACCCCUCCAGCAUCAGGGACCCCACCAGCAGAAGGGACUCCCCAGCGCAGAGGAGACUUCACCAGGCAGGAGUAUGAGAGGCGGCAUCAGCUGAAGAUUAUGGAAGAUCUGGACAAAGUGCUGAGGCAAAAACCCACCACAGUCCGUGGUGUAAAGAAACAGAGGCCUAAGACCGUUUUCAGAGAUGACUCAGUCUUGACAAAUAGUCCCAUCAAGGGAAACAGGCUCAACAAAGUGUACUCCCACUCAACGAUGAACCUGUCCUCUAUGGCUAAUGACGCUGGAGGUCUGACUGUCAGGAAGUCUCCAAGCCGAUCACAUUCGCCCUCUCGGUCACGGCUAAUGUCACCGGGACGAAGGAGCGCCCAGAAUGGGGAAAAAGACUGGGAAAACGGUUCCACCAUUUCCUCCCCAGCUUCCAUCCCAGAAUACACAGGACCAAAGCUGUACAAGGAACCUAGCUUUAAGUCCAACAAGUUCAUCAUACAUAAUGCUAUCACUCGCUGCUGCCUGGCUGGCAAAGUCAACGAACCACAAAAAAACAAGAUCGUCGAGGAAAUGGAAAAAAGCGCAGCCAACCACUUCCUUAUCCUCUUCCGAGAUACCAGUUGCCAAUUCAGAGCAGUUUACACCAUGAACCCUGAAACCGAGGAGAUGGUACGGCUCACUGGCAUUGGCCCACGGAUCAUCACCGCUGAGAUGGUGGAGUCCAUUUACAAGUAUAGCUCUGACCGUAAACAGUUCACUGUCAUCCCGUCCAAAACCAUGUCGAUGAGCGUUGACGCCUUCACCAUCCCUAACCACUUCUGGCAGAAGCGCCCAGGAACUCCUAAAAAGCUCAGCACCCCAAAAUAAAGACUUGCCGAAGGUUGGGAGGGAUGUUAUUAUUCAGGAAAUAAACCCCGAGUUGGCUCUUUUGCUUUUUGGUUCCCUGGCCAGGGUGUACUGUCAGAUUGUUUUGUUGAAAAAAAGAUGGCAUGACUGCUCAGGUAUUAGGUCGGUUGUCAACUCGGACCCUGGGAACCAAACAGGUGAAUAUGUUUGUCUAGAGAAUGAGUCAAUCACUGCUUAAAUCAGCCAAUGUAACUUAAAAAAAAAAAAAUCUUCGGAGCUUCUGAAGGGCUCUGCAUGACCUACUUGGAUUGUAAAAUGUAAUGCGACAAAAAUGUCAUUUGGAUAAAAAAAAGGAAACUCUUUUCCCUUUUCCUCUUCAUGCCUUGCCUUAUCCUGCCAUGUCUGAGUCAUGCUUUUCGACUCAAAAAGGAAGGAGGAAAUGACACUGCCUUUGCCCGCACAACAGUAUUUUGGGCACUAGCAGCUCCCACCCCUCUGUUUUGCUUGGGUUCCCUUUUGCUGCCUUUUACUCUUCCAGGGCUCAGUUUCCCUCCGGGCUACUGAGACACAUGUCUCAGCUCUGACUGGAAGUCGAGGCUGAAAUGUAUAGGCAGUUGACGCUGCUCUCGUAUGAAUGUAGUGCACACACUACCCUAUCCUAGUCAGGACCAGAAAAUACCAUAGAUGUACCAUCAUGUGGUCCCACAGUGGGCUGUACUGUCAGAGGCUGCUUUCACUGCAGGUUGCUUUAGAAACUGCUUGUGCCCCGUACUUUCUGCACUCCACUCCAGCUCUUCUUCAGCUGCAGACAUCUGGAUGUUUUUUUUAAAUACUUUUUUGACAUGUUUUUGCUAGUAACUGAUUGAGUCUUUGGGAACUGAAAGAAGAAGAAAAAAUCUCUGGUGAUGUUUUUCCUCUUUAAUUGCUUUUUCAUGAAAGUAUUUUUUUUUUUUUUUUUUGAGCUUGUCUUUGGGGGGGGGGGCAAACAUGAAGGAGGGCUUCAUCGUCUUUAUCGAUACUUGGAUAAAAGCUCUGUAUGACAAUGAUAAUCAAUCUCGAUUUAAUAUAUACUGAAUGCUGAAUACUUUCUUUUUUGAUGAUGAUUUGUAAAAAAAUAAGUUGACCUUUGUAAGCUAAAAAUAAGCUAGCCUGCUGCUUAAGCAUUAGUGAGAUGUAUGUUUGAGAUGAGGGUGAGUGAAUGAGAAUGAACUUGAAUUGUGCAACAGCUGAAAUUGCUGAUACUGUUUUAGGGUAAAUAAAUCCUUUAGGUCACUGAGCUUGUUUCCCAAUGCAUUAUUCCCUGUUUAUAUGUCCAGGCAUAUAAACAGUAGGAUUCUUAAUGAAGGAUCAUUCUGGACUGUAACAGCCCUUGUCUACCCCACAGUCUCUUGAGACUCCUUCAUGUACAACUGGGGAAUGUAAAAUGGCAAGUUGUUUUUUUUCUCAAUGUUAGGAAAAAAGAAUGACCCCAGAAAUGUUUGAUUAAUUUAUUUUUGGCACAAACUCUUGGAAAUUAGCUCUUUCUUUGCAGUCUUGCAGCACUACUACAGUUGCCGCAGAGCAGCUGUCUUCUUUUAAAAUCACUCAAUGCCUCCAUGUGAUUUGGUGUUUUUGAAGGGGAUUCCGGCGGAUGAAACAUUGAAACCAUAAAUGACAAAUAAACUGCUGAUUAAAUAAGUGUUUGUGGGGGAUUGUAUGUAGAUUAAAAUGGAUGUUUGUAUUUAUGUACUCGUAAAGCCUCAUGUGUGGUAGUAAAGACCAUAUACCGAUUCUGUGCAAUUCUCCCCAAAAAUUCCCCACUUCACCCAGAGGUAUAUUUAUUUCCAUUUGAUUUAUUUGACAAAUUUCUGUUUUAGUUUGAGGUUCUGUUUUGUCCUUUUCUCCAUUUAUUUUCUAUUUCUUUCUUUUCUAAAUUAAGGUCAUGUGUCAAACUGCCAUUUCAGAGAAAAUAUCAUGCGUUUGUUUGGUUUCUUCUGUUUUCUAAUCUGUGCCAGCAUAUUUUGUAUGUUCAUUUCAUCAAAUGAUUCCUCGGCAACUGGACCAGAAAAAUAAAAUCCUUUUUAAAUCAUU